AUGGUUGCGAUUUUCGAAAAUUCUUUGUUGCGGCACAAAACACGUUACCAGCUUUUGGCCACGGUAAUUGUGAACAUCAUAACCUUUGGCCAUGGCGUCGGAGUGGGUUGGCUUUCGCCGACCCUGACCAAAAUCCAAACACCCGACUCCCCAUUGGAUUUUGAAGUUAAUCUCGCUGAGAUUUCGUGGCUGGGCUCGAUGCUGGGACUGGGCAGCCUGUGCGGAAAUUUGACCAUAGCUCUGCUAAUUGAGAGGGCUGGCAGAAAGUUCUGCAUCUACCUAUUGGCCGGACCCUAUGCGUGUAUUUGGAUUCUGAUCUACUGCGCCUCCAAUGUGUACUUCCUGUAUGCAGCGCGAUUUUUGUGCGGAUUUACCGGAGGAGCGGGCUAUGUGGUGGUUCCCAUAUUCAUCAGCGAGAUUGCCGACAGCAGCAUUCGAGGAGCUCUCACUUCGAUGGUGAUGUUAUCCGUCGAUUUGGGCAUACUGGCUGGCUAUAUACUCAGCACUUAUCUGGCCUAUCAUGUCGUACCCUUUCUGGCCAUAAUCUUGCCCGUAGCCUACUUUAUGGCCAAUAUAAUGUUACCCGAGACGGCACCAUAUCUGCUAAAGAAGAGCCAGCUUUCGGCGGCCGAGAACUCGUUUAGAUACUAUAGAAAUCAGCGGGAUGCAAUCUGCGAACAGACAUCCAAGGUCAAUUUCGAGGAGCUUCGUUCGGCCGUACUGGCUCAACAGAACAGAAAUGCCACGCCCCUGAGCUACAGGGACCUCAUUACCAAGCCCGCUCUCAAGGGAUUUGCUGCUUCCAUUGUCCUCAGUUUGGGCUACCAGUUCAGCGGCGUUUUCAGCUUCAUCAACUAUAUGUCCGAUAUCUUCAAGGCCUCCGGUUCGAUUGUGGAUGUCAACACGGCCACCAUUAUCAUAGGAAUAGUUCAGAUCGUUGGGGUCUACACCUCCACCAUAUUGGUGGAUAUCGUGGGUCGACGAGUUCUGAUGCUGAUCUCGACUUUGGGAGUGGGAAUCGGAUGUAUUGCCUUUGGUUGCUUCACAUACUUUGCCGAAAGCCAUGAUCUCACUGAUUACAACUGGCUGCCUUUGGUGCUGAUGAUCUUCAUCUGUUAUGUGGCCAACAUUGGACUGAUCGGAAUCUUUUUCCUGGUGCUGGUGGAACUCUUUCCAGUAAAGAUUCGCUCCCUAGCCACUUCGCUUUCUGUGAUUUUCUUAAGUGUCCUUGUCUUUGGCACCCUUAAACUAUUUCCCCUGAUGCUGCACUAUUGGGGCAUUUCGAUAACCAUGUGGUUCUCCGCCGCCUCUGGUCUACUCACUUUCCUGUACUUCUGGCUGUUUUUGCAGGAAACCAAAGGAAAGUCCAUGAUUGAAGACUAACAUCCUUGCACCAUUGAGGACUCAAGUAGCUUG